AUGAAAGCGGCUCAGGACCGACAAAAAUCAUACGCUGAUCACCGCAGAAGACCGAUAGAGUUCUCAGUCGAAGAUUUGGUCAUGUUGAAGGUUUCCCCAUGGCGUGGAGUAUUACGGUUUAGAAAGAAAGGUAAACUCAGUCCUCGUUUUAUCGGUCCAUUCGAGAUUAUUGAACGGGUCGGGAAACAAGCUUACCGUUUAGAACUUCCCGAAGAAUUAGUGAGUAUACAUGAUGUUUUCCAUGUCGGCUAUCUACGAAAAUGUUUGGGCAAAUAUGAGGAAGUAGUACCAUUAUCGGAAGUUAAGAUAAAUGAAAAGCUUCGAUAUGUAGAAGAGCCCGAAAGUAUCUUGAAAGAGCGGACAGUGAAAUUGCGCAAUAGAGAGGUAGAUUUGGUAUUAAUAAAGUGGAAACAUCAUCACGGGUCAAAUUGGACAUGGAAACGCAAAGAUGAGAUGAUGACUAAGUACCCUUCAUUAUUAUUGCAAUCAUGA